GCUGCUUCCCAAACGCCAGAGGGAUGCGGGCGGCAGAGCGCGAGAGGCGGCUGCUAGGCUGCGGGGCGUUUUGACUUUCCCUCCACCCUGCCUCCUUGGGCUUCUCUCCUCUGCCCCUGGACUCCUGUCUCCUGCUCCCCCGUCAUCCCAGAGCCCCCUCCUUAUGGCAGUAGCUUCCCACGUCUCCAACGUUGCUUCUCAGUGGACGACCCUCUUGCUGCCGGGGCUAAACCGGGUCCCUGGAUGUUGCUGAAACUCCUGAGAUCAUGCGCGGGUUUGGCUGCUGCUUCGCCAUCAGGUGCCACUGCCACCGCCGCUGCUUCUGCUGCCGCCGUCCGCGGGAUGCUCAGUAGUCCACUGCCCGGCCGCCGCGAUAGUGUGUUCUUCGGAAGCCGUUUGCUGCUGCAGAGUUGCGCGAACUAGUCAUGAUGCUGUGGGAGUCCCCGCGGCAGUGCAGCAGCUGGACACUUUGCGAGGGCUUUUGCUGGUUGCUGCUGCUGCCGGUGAUGCUACUCAUCGUAGCCCGCCCGUGGCUUUCAAGAGAUGUAUGUGAGCUCAAGGGUUAUGAUGACAGAGAAAAUGAUCUCUUCCUUUGUGACACCAACACCUGUAAAUUUGAUGGGGAAUGUUUAAGAAUUGGAGACACUGUGACUUGCGUCUGUCAGUUCAAGUGCAACAAUGACUACGUGCCUGUGUGUGGUUCCAAUGGAGAGAGCUACCAGAAUGAGUGUUACCUGCGGCAGGCUGCCUGCAAACAUCAGAGUGAGAUACUUGUGGUGUCUGAAGGAUCAUGUGCCACAGAUGCAGGAUCCGGAUCUGGAGAUGGAGUCCAUGAAGGCUCAGGAGAAACAAGUCAAAAGGAGACAUCCACCUGCGAUAUUUGCCAGUUUGGUGCAGAAUGUGAUGAAGAUGCCGAGGAUGUCUGGUGCGUGUGCAACAUUGACUGUUCUCAAACCAACUUCAAUCCCCUCUGUGCUUCUGAUGGGAAAUCUUAUGAUAAUGCAUGUCAAAUCAAAGAAGCAUCAUGUCAGAAACAGGAGAAAAUUGAAGUAAUGUCAUUGGGUCGAUGUCAAGAUAACACAACUGCAACUACUAAAUCUGAAGAUGGGCAUUACGCAAGAACGGAUUAUGCAGAGAAUGCUAACAAAUUAGAAGAAAGUGCCAGAGAACACCACAUACCUUGCCCAGAACAUUACAAUGGCUUCUGCAUGCACGGGAAGUGCGAACAUUCUAUCAAUAUGCAGGAGCCAUCUUGCAGGUGUGAUGCUGGUUAUACUGGACAACACUGUGAAAAAAAGGACUACAGUGUACUAUAUGUUGUUCCCGGCCCUGUACGAUUUCAGUACGUCUUAAUCGCAGCUGUGAUUGGAACAAUUCAGAUUGCUGUCAUCUGUGUAGUGGUCCUGUGCAUCACAAGGAAAUGCCCCAGAAGCAACAGAAUUCACAGACAGAAGCAAAAUACAGGGCACUACAGUUCAGACAACACAACAAGAGCGUCCACGAGGUUAAUCUAAAGGGAGCAUGUUGCACAGUGGCCGGACUACCGAAAGCUUGGACUACACAUACAGUAUUAUAGACAAAAGAAUAAGAAAAGAGAUCUACACAUGUUGCCUUGCAUUUGUGGUAAUCUACACCAAUGAAAACAUGUACUACAGCUAUAUUUGAUUAUGUAUGGAUAUAUUUGAAAUAGUAUACAUUGUCUUGAUGUUUUUUCUGUAAUGUAAAUAAACUAUUUAUAUCACACAA